AUGGACGCCACCAAUUCGUGCAGGGCGCCAGUCCCCCCUUCACACGGACUGCAGCACCGCCUUGAGCAGAUGCUUCAGAAGCAGGUCGCCACAGAGGAGCGCAUUGCACGACAGGGUGAGUUGAUACAGCGCAUAACGUACGGUUUCACCGUGUUGCGUGAGUAUGCCACGCGCGCGAUCACCCACAUGAAUCUUUCGCUGCAUGAUUUAUUGCUUGUGGAGACAUAUAUUGAAAUAGAACCGGAAGAGCAACAAACAAAGGCAGUAGUCACAGAUGCAAGCAGUGCCGAUGGGUCGAUGUGCUUCAUCUCAUGCGAAUCCUCUACCCAAUCACUGGUUGAAGAGGCGAAAGAAGUAUACGCUGCGUUUGUACGUAAGCGCGUGUUGGAUGAGACCUGCCCCGAGCCGGACGCGGCCACGCAGUUCCAUUCGCUCACUGCAGCAUCCUUUUAUCUUCUUUUCCCUCAUCUUACCGUUAUGCUGGAGGAAUUUGUCGGCGCCUUCGCCAGCGCCACUUCCCCGAAAAGCUCCACCGCAAGUGGGACUGCAAUGACGCCGGAUUGGUGGGCUUCGCUGGGCCGCGUGAUCCGUUUCAUUGAGCUUGGCGUAAAGCACUUUCCCGAGGUGUUUGCGGGGAAUGAACUUUUAUCCCGCCUGCAGGUUUCCAUCUCCGCGGUUGUGGAAAAAAAUAUUGGGCACGGUGAACAGAGCGGCAUUGGUGCCGCUUUGUGCCUUUCUCAACGGGUUACCGCACUACAUGAGAAGAUGCAGCACUUGAACGUGAGUGACACCGGAAGCGACCACAGCGACGGCUGUUGUAGUUUUUCACAUGAUUUAUGA